UAAAAAUAAAAAUGAAAACACAGCAUUAUAUUCCUGCCAGCGUUUAUCGGUUGACCGAAAAGAAUACACUAUUUUCACCCAUUGAUGCCUUGAGACAACGCCCCACACGUGGUACAACCAACAUGCAAUAAAAUCCCUCCACUAAGAAGAACAUCAGCAAUUUCUUGAAUCCACUACCAGUAAUUAUUUGAUAAAUUUCGAAGAAUGGAAGGGGAAAGAGGAUUUCCACCCAAUUAUGAUCAGCUGCAAGUUUCCUAUCCUGCUGUUGCUCCUCAUCCUCUACAUCAUGAAAUGGGGUUCAUACAGUUUGAAGAUCAGAAUCAGAUGAUGAGCUUUUUGGUACCGUUGCAAUCUUCUCAAAUAUCUCAGCCUCUAGACGGCGGUGGCCUCUCCAUUAAGCCAACCACCAUCACCACCAGCAAUAGAGGUUUUGUAGGGUUAGAUAAUAAUGAACUUCUGAACACUAGACCCUCGUGGGAUAACGACCAGGUUGGAACACUAGAUCUCAAGGCUGUGAAUGAUGAGAAUUGCAGUGGUAACGCCGACGAGGGUGGCAAUUCAUGGUGGAAGAUCCCAUCUUCUGAUAAUAAUGGCAAGGUCAAAGUGAGGAGAAAGCUAAGAGAGCCCAGAUUCUGCUUUCAGACAAGGAGUGAUGUAGAUGUGCUUGAUGAUGGUUACAAAUGGAGAAAAUAUGGCCAGAAGGUAGUCAAGAACAGCCUUCAUCCAAGGAGUUACUACAGAUGUACUCAUAGUAAUUGUCGGGUCAAGAAAAGGGUUGAAAGGUUGUCAGAGGAUCGUCGGAUGGUAAUAACAACCUAUGAAGGUAGACAUAACCAUUCUCCUUGCGAUGAUUCAAAUUCCUCCGAUCACGAGUGUUUCACCUCAUUCUAGAGCAUAGAUGUUAAAAGUAUUUAUACCAUGUUCUGUUAAAUUAUAUAUGGGUGAGUUUGCUUGAAUUAUUAUGUAUUUAGUGUUUAUUCAUUUUCUUGAUAUCAUUGCAUGCGUAAAUUAAAACAAAAUAUGUUGGAUUUGUAGUUUUAUCUACUGAAUCUCCUUGUGUGCUUUACAUUAGUUCGUUUAUGGGGCUAAGUUGAAGUGAUUUCCUUCUUGGCAUGA